AUGUCCGAUGAUCCCUUCGGUCAUCUAGUACGGGACAUUCGCCAAUACCUAGGUCCAUCCUCUGGCAUCGACUCGGCCCACGUCGACCCCAAUCACAUCAAAGCCCUCAUGGCCAAAUACACUUCAAACCCGAAGCACUGGGAACGAUACGCACGCGCAGACAAGACCAGGGGCUACACGAGGAACAUCGUCGACAACGUUAACGGCAAGGCGAACCUGAUCCUCAUCGUCUGGAACCCUGCCAAGGGCUCCUUGAUUCACGACCAUGCCGAUGCUCACUGCGUCAUGAAGAUCCUCAAGGGCAACCUUACAGAGACUGUCUACCACAAGCCAGAGAGCGGAGACACCAGUGUCCAUCCUCUGGAAGUCAAGCAAGAGACCGUAUACCACCCCGAUGAGGUCACAUACAUCUCCGACCAGAUCGGUCUUCACCGUGUCUCCAACCCAGACCCCGUUGAACCUGCCAUGUCGCUUCACUUGUACACGCCUCCCAAUGCUGCUGAGUUCGGCUUCCACGUCUACGAUGAGCGUACAAGCAAGAGUUCCUUCGUACCACCCCAGUACUAA